AUGCUCUCCGAGAUGGACACUGGCACUGACCCCCUCUACACCGAAAUAAGUUUCGUGGCGGCGAAACCCCUGAAAUGUACGGCUAUGAUCGACACCGGUGCUGCUAGAGUAUAUAUACGUCAAAGUUUGACCAAGUCAUUGGAGAAAGCCGGAGCCGUUGCUGGGUCACGACAGGUGAAUCGUCGCAUACUCCUAGCGGAUGGUCACGAGGUCUCGGCUAUCAAAGAGAUUACCUUCUACAUAGAGCUACCAAAGGGUCGUCACGUUUGCCUAAGUGCACUCGAAAUACCGACGUUAACGUGUGGUGCAUCAUCACACGAUCAACCGGCCAAGGGCAAUCAAGACCAAGUCAACCACAUUGUCCAAGAGCCAAGCGAUGCCGAGAAUGAAGACAACUCCAUUGACGAUGAGGACUCGGAUGAAGGCCCUAUCUUCCUAUGCAGUCUACAGCCAAGCUUUGAAUAG